CAUUUAUUUCUCCCUUCCUUCACUCUUUUUCACACACUUGCACAAUCCUUCUCUAUCAACCCCCAAAAAUCAGCACAUUUCUAUAUGAAUCACACUAAGACAAACUAUCCCCCUUUUUUCAUUUCCUCUUGAUCUUUUCAUAACAUAACCUAAGGAAUUUUGAACCAAGAACAAAGAAGACACAAUAUUAUUCAUUUGUGUCUGAGCUGUAAUGGUUCAAAAUGAUGACAGAAACAUAUACAUUAACCAAUAAAACUUUGUUUUGUAACAAUCCACAGUUGAUCAAUUCAUCUGGUUUCUUAAGUGGUAAGAAUCCCUUACAAGCUACUGUACCCCUUCUUUUUCUUCAGUUGAUCUUGAUUUCUUUAGCAUCUAAAGUUGUUGAGAUUUGCCUUAGACCUCUCGGACAAUCCAUCAUCGUCUCCCAAAUUCUUGGUGGUUUGGUUCUAGGGCCAUCAGUUCUAGGACAAGCUCCAGAAAUAGCAGCAAUGAUAUUUCCACAACGAGGAACUGUAAUGUUAGAAACACUAGCCACUUUUGGUAUUGUUCUUUUCGUGUUUUCACUUGGGGUAAAGAUGGAUGCAAGCUUGAUGUUCAAUCCAGAUAAACUAGCCUUUUCAAUAAGCAUGUCGUUAUUCAUUUUCACACUGAUAAUACCCUUAAUAUUAACCAUUACUAUAAUCAAUCAAGUACAAAUAGAAGAAGAGUUCCAAAGAUCCUUACCUCUCUUAGUUGGAUCACAAUCAUUAGUAUCAUUCCCUGCUAUCGCAUGCCUUUUAGCUGAGCUAAAGAUCUUCAACACUGAGGUAGGCCGCUUAGCUGUUGCCGUAUCUAUGUUCUAUGAUCUCCUUGCAUUGAGCACCACCAGGGUUUUCUAA